GCGCUCGAGCUGGACGCGGUUGGGCUCUGCUGCGUCGGUGGGCUCAACGCGCAGUACAGGCAGUACCAGGAGUCGAUGGACUCCCUGCGGUCGCUGAUCUGCGGCCUGGGCGUCGAGCCGUCCCAGGAGGAGUCGUCCUGGAGCGAUCUGCGGGCCUGCGUGGAGAACCAGAAAAAGGUGUACAACAACCUUGAGCUCCGCGGCGGCCUUGCGGGCCUGAGACUGUGCACAACGGACAUCAAGACCGACGCCGCAGCCCUGGAGUUCCUGAACCUGCACUGGGCCAUCUGGCACCGGGGGACGGAGGAGUACCUCUUUGAGACCGCCUGCAACCAGCCGGGCGGGCCCCUGAGGGGCGUGUCGCUCCUCAGGCUGCAGUGCAAGAGGGCCGACGCUCCGCUCCAGCUGCUCUUCCCGGGGAGGACCCUCGACAACGCCAUCGAGGAGAAGCGCGGAGCCCUGGAGGAUUUCUUCCGCAGGGUUGCGGCCAAGCGGGGGUAUGAUGUACCCCCUGACCUGCCGCCUGCCAAGCCAUCCCAGCGAAGAGAGGGCGCGAACCCGCGCGGUGCUGUCGGCUUGGACAACCCCGGGGAGAACCUGUGCGCGACGAACUCCCUGGCGCAGGUGCUCUUCUCCGCGGGGGGCUUCCGGGAGGCGGUCCUUGCGGACACCACGUUUGCCGAGCAGGGUCUGGGUGCGGCCCUCGGCGGGAGGCAGCUGGUCGCCCGCCUGCGCGCCCUCUUCGCGCAGAUGUCCGAGCCGGGGCGGAAGUCCGCCUCCGUGCGGGACGUGGCGGCCGUGCUGUACGGGGGCGAGCUGGGUGAGCAGCAGGACAGCGACGAGCUGCUCCACCGCGUCUCCGCGCUGCUCCAGGGCGACCUCGGGGGCGCCCCCGGCGCCGUCGGCGACCUCUUCGGCAGGCUCUUCUCGGGGCGCACCUACGAGGUGCACGCGCGCUGCGCCGCCCCCGGCGGCGACGCCGCGCCCGCCUUCGAGCCCCUCGCGCGGACGGCCGACGGCGCCAGCGUCGUCGGCUACCCGCUCUCCGAGGACUGCUCCGACAGGCAGUUCCUCUGCAUCCCGGUGCAGCGGGGCAACCGGACGCUGGCCCAGGCGUUGCGGGACUUCACGGGCUGGACGCGCACUGGGGGCAAAGAGCUGCUGUGGACGCGGGAGCGCUUUCGCGUGCUUCCGCCGUUCCUCUGCUUCGCCGUGCGCGAGGUCACGCAGCUGAACUGGGAGGAGUGCCUCAGCCUCGCGCCCUUCACGGCGCAGCUGACGCCCGAGGCGCUCCUCGCCGGCCUGGAGCUCGCCAUGGCGUCGCAGCCGCCAGGGGGGCCCAGUGGGGCAGAUGCCACCUCGAACGGACGUGCGAGUUCAGAUCCAGCAUGCAGCAGCGACGCGACAGUCAAGGAGGUGCCCAUCGCAGAGCUCCUGAGGGGCGCGCUGGACGAUGAGAAGCUAGAGACUGUCGUGUGUGGUCUGCUGGGUGCCGACACCGCACAGAAGCUCGCAGACCUAGUGUUCGACGGGGGCAUGGACACUCCGAACGAUACCCUGGAGCAGCUGGUCCAGGGUGGCCACUUGACCUCCGAGGACGUGGAGGGCAUUCACCAGAAGCUCUGCAGCUGGAGGCAAGAGCAGCACACGUACGUGGCGCAUGCCCUCAUCAUAUACCAGGGCUUCGGCGGGUUCGGCCACUACGUGUCGUUCGCGCGCCAGGAGGACGCGAGCUGGCUGUGCUUUGAUGAUCAGUUCGUGAACGAGUUCUCCUCGACCGCUGCCGUGCAGGAUCCGAAGGAGGCCAUCGCGGAGAAAGCCACUGGCGCCUUCCCGGCUAGCGUGCGCAUGGUGGUCUACCGCCGCCUGGGGGCGCCGGGUGCCGCCCGCGAGGCGCCCCUGCAGCUGCCCGGCGGCCCACGCGUGGGGCCCGCGGCGGGCGCGGGCCGCGGGGAGGCCAGCGCGGAGCCGGAGGGCGACGACGCCGCCAAGCGCCGAAGGCUGGAGUGA